AUGGCUCAAACCAAAGCUGAUCCCCAGUCGGCCAACAAUGUUGUGGUCGUACAGAAUAUGCAGACGAGUCCGUAUCCCAUGAGUAUGAAGUGUACAAACUGUGGACAACAAGUGGUCACUCAAACGGUGCCAAUAGCCGAAUAUGCAGACGAGUCCGUAUCCCAUGAGUAUGAAGUGUACAAACUGUGGACAACAAGUGGUCACUCAUACGGUGCCAAUAGCCGGUGCCCUCACUUGGAACAAGUGUCAGGACGUGGAGCACCGGUGCCCUCAAUGUCGCGCAUACAUUGGUACUCAUCGCCGAUGUUGUUAGUAAACUGUUUGAUCGGUUGUUUCUGUGGCUGUUGUCUCAUCCCCUUCUGUGUGGACAAGUGUCAGGACGUGGAGCACCGGUGCCCUCAAUGUCGCGCAUACAUUGGAAUUCCAACCAUUACUAUAAAAAAAAUAUGCAAACAUAUAGUGUUUGGAUUUCUUCGUUGUGCGCUAUUCUUCAGUGGUUUUUAUUGGAUUAAAGUCGUCGAAAAGAAGACCAAAAUUGGAAUCAAACCGACAAUUAUCCCAAUCGCUCCGCACUCGACCUUUUGGGAUAUGAUAGCGAUUUUGAAACUCGGAGUGCCGUCCGUUGUCUCUCGUAUUGAGAACUCAAGGAUGCCUUUCAUUGGGAGUAUUAUAAACCUUUGCGAUCCCGUGUAUGUGAACCGAGACGACAAGGAUUCGCGUCUGAAGGCGACGAAUGACAUCAAAUCGCGGGCGACUGUCGGCGACAUAAUGCUGUUCCCGGAGGGCACCUGUAUUAACAGGAAAUCCCUCAUUCAAUUCAAAAUGGGAGCCUUUCUUCCAGCACUCGCUGUCCAACCGGUUGUCAUCAAAUGGGAUGUCGGAAAACACGAUUUGAAGUCGUGGGUAGAGGAAGGACCCGGACUUUUAAAAAUCUUGUUUUAUUCAUUGAGUGAAUUGUGGACGAGUUGUGAAAUCAUUAAAUUGGAGCCCUAUUUCCCUAAUGAUGAAGAGAAGGCCAACUCUAGACUCUUCGCAGACAAUGUCCAGAGAGUAAUGUGCGAUGAAUUAGGAGUUCUUCAGUCCUUCUAC